GUUUCAAGACGCGCGCGAAGCUGCGGACCGACGUGUUGGGAGUGCGAACUGAAAAGCAAAUAAGGCGGCGCGUGUCGAGUGUUUAUAACACAAGCGGUUUGUUUUCGAACACCAACGGUGUGUUUUUGAAAGGCAACAAAGUUUCGACAGUGGUACGAAAGGCGAAGGAUCGGGGUCACCUCUUUUGCAUGCCCCACGGACGCGAAAAGGCUGGCGGGGCUUUCGGCAACAGGUGGCGGGGCAAAUGGAUCGUGUCGAUGGGCGGGAUUUUGGCGAAAUUCAGACUGCUGAUAGACUGACAUAGGCCCAUUAUUAUUUGCGGCCAAAAGGGGUCAGGCUGUGUGCGCGUGAGGAAAUUGAAUUGACUUGGCCACCGCCGAUCCGAAAUCGAAAUCUGUGUCACAAAUGUGGCACUAAUAAAUUAUCGCACAUUCGCUCGCCGCACUCGCGAGUGCUUCAUUAAUGCAGAAAUCGCAAAUGACGGAGAAUAUCUAGUUUUGCAGCGUCUGCGUUUGUUUAAUUUUGCCAGGAACGUGACGAAAAUUGCCAAGUGCCGCGUGGAUCGGUCCCAGCCCCAUAUAAUACCUCCAUAAGUCUACGGGUCUACAAACAAAACUGGGAGCCACGCUUCGCGGAGCAGCGCACAAACAAAAAGAACGCCAACUCCGUGGCCUAUAAAUAUCAGUCUUCCAAAUUACCAAAUCCAAUUGCAGUCCAAUUAGCGGAGGAGCGCCAAUGAAGCGCCAGUGAAAGAAACAGCAAGGGGACGGAACUCUGGAACGGGGAGCUGGCCAAGACGAGAACGUAAUUAACUAGAACACAAUACAAGUCUGAGGAGGGGACACGGUGGAGGAGGUGGCCAUGCAAACUCGGCAAAAAUGUUGCAUCUCCUCGAAGGAUCAACAUCUGCUGCCAAGGACACAGUCACCCGAAGGGGAACCCAAUUCCUUUUAAAUUAAAGGAGCAGGAUCUUUGCCCUAUUCCCGUCCCCGCGUUAUGUUCGCACACCCCUGUCCUGCGCCAGCUGGAAACUACCAAUCAGAACUGCUGCAUCCACUGCUCCUCCUUCUCCUCGUCCUCGGCCAUUUCCGGCCCACUUAUGGAGAGGUCUUCACGCUGGGCUACCUCACGGCCUCGCAACGGCGGCCGGGAAACCUGGACUACAAUCGACCCGGUCUCACCAUCUCCGGCGCCAUCUCGCUGGCGGUGGAGGAGGUGAAUGCCGGACGCCUGCGGGAGCGGGGUCACUCCCUACAGUUUGUGGUGGCGGAGACUUACGGCGAGGAGGUGGUCAGCAUCCGGCAAACGGCGGCCCUGUGGACUCAGCAGGUGGCCGCCUACAUCGGCCCCCAGGAAACGUGCGUCCACGAGGGACGCAUGGCGGCCGCUUUUAAUCUGCCCAUGAUAUCUUAUUACUGCACCCAUCGGGAUCCCUCGAACAAGGCUGAUUUCCCCACCUUUGCCAGGACACGACCGCCGGAUACCCAGAUCUCCAAGUCCGUGGUGGCCCUACUCCUGGCCUUCAAUUGGACACAAGUGAGCUUUCUGUACUUGGACGAUGCCAGUGGUCAAUAUCAACCCGUGGCGGAGACCAUCCUGAGCACGCUGGGUGAAGCCGGCGUUAGUAUACGGGAUAUUCGCACCUGGAACACCAUCUACCACCAUGGAUUUAUGGACAAUCCUUUCGAGGCGCUGGUGGAACAGACCUUUGCCAACACGAGGAUCUACCUCAUUCUGGGCCACUACUACGAGCACGUUGGCCUGAUGAUGAGCCUCCAGAAGAGGGGUCUUUUGUCUCGAGGCGAUUAUUUCGUCAUUGGCAUAGACAUCGAGCAGUACGAUCCCGCCAAGCCCGAAAAGUAUCUGCGAGGACUCCUGCUGGAGGAUGUGGAGCCCCUGGCCGUGCGGGCCUUUCAGUCCUAUCUGGCCAUUGUGCCCACUGCCUCCGUCUCCUUUGCCACUUUUGCCAACGAGGUUUGUCCGAUGACAGGUCCUGACAGUGAUGUGAUUGAUGCGCUGCAUCCGGCCAUCGGCCCAUCUCAUAAUUGUCAUGGUCUGGCCGGCACAUUGACCACACAUUCUGACCCUCAUUUCGGUUCGGUUUUUCAGGUCAACAAAUAUAUGGAGCGACCGCCAUUCAAUUUCCCCAAUCCGCUGGGUCCCUUCGGUGGUGUAAAGCAGAUAAGCGCCGAGGCUGCCUAUCUCUACGAUGCCGUGCAUUUGUAUGCCAAGGCGGUGAUGGAAGUCCUGGACUCGGGCGGAAGGCCGAGGAAUGGCAGCGCCAUUGUGGCGGCCAUCAAGGGCUCGCGAUAUCGCAGCGCCAUGGGCUAUCAUGUUUAUAUCGAUGAGAAUGGCGAUGCGGCUGGAAAUUAUACAGUAUUAGCCAGGGGCACGGGCCGCAAUGGUCGGAAUCAGACGGUUCUGGGCCUGCGACCCGUGGGCACCUUCAUCCACCGGAACAGCAGCUUCAGCAGCGUCAGCAAGGCCUUGCCCGAUCUCAAGCUGUUCAGCCCCAUCGACUGGGUGGGUGGCUCGCGGCCAGCAGCUGCUCCGCGCUGCGGCUUCGGUGGCGAGAAGUGCGUCAAUUACACUGGCGAAAUUUCGGCGGCCAUUGCGGGAGGUGCUCUCCUGCUGCUCAGCCUGGUGUCGCUGGUCCUCUACCGCAACUGGCGCUACGAGCAGGAACUGGACAGUCUGCUCUGGAAAAUAGACUUCCGCGAGGUGCAGAUCCACGAGAACGAGAGGGAGCAGCAGAGUCAGAAGCAGACGCGCUCCACCCAUCCGCUGAUCCGCACCAGCCAGGUGAGCCUGAGUUCCAAUCCGGACGCCGACUUCCGCUACACGACCAUCUUCACGCCCAUUGGACUGUACAAGGGUCAGUUGUAUGCCAUCAAGAAGGUGCGCAAGAAGAGUGUCGAUAUCACGAGGGAGAUGAAGAAGGAGCUCAAGCUGCUACGAGAUGCCCGGCACGAUAACAUAUGCGCCUUCAUAGGCGCCUGCACGGAUCCUCCGAAUAUCUGCAUCAUCAGCGAGUACUGCACCCGGGGCAGCCUUAAGGACAUUCUGGAGAACGAGGACGUCAAGCUGGACAACAUGUUCAUUGCCUCCAUGGUGGCGGACAUUAUACGCGGCGUCAUCUAUUUGCACGACUCGCCCAUUCGAUUCCACGGCGCCCUGUGCACUUCCAACUGCCUGGUGGACUCCCGAUGGGUGGUCAAGCUCACGGACUUUGGCCUCUUUGCCUUCAAACAGGGCAUCGAGGACAGCACCACGGAUAUGCAGCACAUGUCGGCCAAGUGUCUGAAGCUUCUUUAUCGAGCUCCGGAGCUGCUGAGACAGGGUCCAUCCUCCCUGGUGAUGGGCACCCAGCGCGGAGAUGCCUACUCCUUUGGCAUCCUGCUCUACGAGAUGCAUGUGCGAAGGGGACCCUUUGGGGAGACGGGACUAACGCCUAUGCAAUGCCUGCAGAAGGUCCUCCAGCCCCAGGAUCAAUUGCACCCAUACAGACCCUCACUGCAACCUCUAGAAACCGCCUUCGACUGCGUCAGCGAGUGCCUGAGGGAGUGCUGGGCAGAGAGGCCAGAGGAUCGCCCGGACUUCAAAACCAUCCGGACGAAACUGAGACCUCUGCGCAAGGGAAUGAGGCCCAACAUCUUCGACAACAUGAUGGCCAUGAUGGAGAAGUACGCCAAUAAUCUGGAGGCCCUGGUCGAUGAUCGAACGGAUCAGUUGCAGGAGGAGAAAAAGAAGACGGAUGCCCUGCUGCACGAGAUGCUCCCCCGCUGUGUGGCCGAUCAGUUAAAGAAGGGUCACAAGGUGGACCCGGAGCACUACGAACAGGUCAGCAUCUACUUCAGCGACAUCGUGGGCUUCACAGCCAUGUCCGCCGAGUGCACACCAUUGCAGGUGGUGGAUUUCCUCAACGAUCUGUACACCUGCUUCGACUCCAUCAUCGGUCACUACGAUGUUUACAAGGUUGAGACUAUAGGCGAUGCGUAUAUGGUGGUCUCUGGACUCCCCUUACGCAAUGGUGACCUGCACGCAGCGGAGAUAGCCACCAUGUCGUUGCACUUGCUCAGUGCCGUGGCCGAGUUUAAGAUCCGCCAUCGACCCACCAACCGAUUGCUCCUGCGGAUUGGCAUCCACUCGGGACCCGUUUGUGCCGGAGUGGUGGGUCUAAAGAUGCCACGCUACUGCCUCUUCGGGGAUACGGUGAACACGGCUUCCCGGAUGGAGUCCAGUGGUGUCCCGCUCAAGAUCCACUGCAGCUGGCAGUGCCGGCAGCUGCUGGAGCGCCUGGGUGGCUAUCACUUCCAGGAGCGCGGAGUCAUCGCCAUGAAGGGCAAGGGUGACCAGCGGACCUACUGGUUGCUCGGUGAGGAUGAGGAGGCACGCACUCGACGCACCUACGAGCGAUCCCAGAGGAGGGGUUCCCGGGCGCUCAACAAGUUCAUCCAGGGCACCAUCAAGCAGGCCCAGGAGCAGGCCAAUGAGUAUGGCAUACGCUCCUCACUCAAGCAAAAGACUCUACCCCGAAACUCCCUGACCCGCUCCUCUAGUCUGGAGUCGCCCAAGAAGCUAAGAUUUGCGGCAGGCAGUCUCCUCGAGCAUCAUCGCUAUCAUAGUGACGAAGCUUUGCUGGAAGUGGACUCCUACACGGGCUUGCGAAGAUCUUCAGGGGGAUCCACCCAAUCCAGAUACGAGGAGACCACCCUCUCGCUGACCCUCUCCUGCCAAAGCAUCGAGAUCGUGGGUGGUCAACAGCACAGCAAAAGACGACCCUCCUCAUAUCCCACUGCCAAUACACCGCUGCUCAUGAACCAUGUGGAGGUCUAGAGCGGAACCACCUAGUACUUACCCAACCCAUUUACAGGGAUCUUAGUGGAAUUUUUGUGUUCAGUGUGUUUAGCCAAGUGUUUGGCAUCGCUUUUAGUGUCUGUAAUGUAAUUGUGGUAAUCGUAGCAUCAGCAUAUUGUGAGAGUGAUUAUAAAUCUAGUCGUUGUUUAAACACAUUCAUGCGCUAAACUAAAUCCAACUAAAAUAGUCAAUAACCUUAACUAAAUGAUAUGAAUAAAUGAAGUAGCGAAAUGAAACGCUUAUCGCUUGGUAUUGCCUGGGAUGAUCCAGGGACACUUUUAUUAUGUACUGUGUUUGCAAUUUGAUUUCAUUUUAAUUGUCGUGUCUUGGAGACAGUUUGCUUGUUCGUUAUUGUAUAAUAAUUGUAUUCAUUUGACAAACUUAACGAUUUCGUUAUAUAACUUUAGUUUAAAACCGAUUUGUGCAUUUCUCUAGGCAUUAUAAAUACAGUAUUUGAUUCGC